AUGGAGCUGGGGUCGCUUAUUUCUCCGAUCAAGCCCGGGAGGUCGGUGGUGGUGUACAUGCCCAUCGUCCCCACGCGGCUGGGCGACAUCGACGUCACAGUCAUGACCAAGUCGCAGGUGGCCAAGGACGUCGUCACCAAGACGAUACGCGUGGAGGCCGACGGCAUACCGCAGUACCGCCACACCACUGUGCAGCUGGACCUCAGCCAGGGAGCCUACCUCAUCAAGUACCUGGACACGAACAUCACGGAGUCGCCUAUCGUCCCCUACAGGCAGGAGAGGCUCUACAUGUUCGGAUCCAACAGAGCCACCGUCUCCGUCGUAGGUGACGUCACUGGCCCAGCAUUCGCCACGAUGCCCGUCAACGCCAGCAGCCUGCUGAGGAAGCCCUCGUGGUGCGGGGAACAGAACAUGUUCGAUUUCGCCGCCAACCUCUACACCCUCCUCUACCUACGGCUCACGGGUCAGAGGCAGCCCGACAUCGAGAAGCAGGCCUUCAGACACCUCAACAUCGGCUACCAGAGGCAGCUGAGCUACCAACUGGAGGAUGGAUCCUUCAGCCCUUUUCGCUGGAACCCCACCCCGAGUGUGUGGUUGACCGCCUUCUGCGCCAAGAUCUUUCACAAGGCCACGUUUCAGGAGUGGGAGAACUUCCUGUACAUAGACCCGAACGUCAUCUCGAGGGCCGUCGGGUGGUUGCUCGACCAGCAGUCGCCAGAGGGCGCCUUCACCGAGACCACGGUCGACCCGCUCGACAGGAAGAUGGACCUGGGGAUGAAGACCGCCUACGGCGGCUUCCAGUACCGCAACAUCUCCCUGACUGCCCACGUGCUCAUCACCCUGUGCGAGCUCAAGGAUCUCAGAGGGGACGUGGGCUCCCGGCUGUCUACGGCCCGCCGGCAGGCGCAGCGGUACCUGGAGCGGAUGCUGCACCUGGUGAAGGACCUGGAGGACCCCUACGAGCUCUCGAUCGUCUGCUACGCGCUCACCCUCGCCAACAGCCCCGACGCCAACGAGGCGCUCAACUACCUGGACGCGCGCAUGCGCGAGGAGAGUGAGUGCCCUUUUCUUAGCACAGCGGCAUGCGGUACUGGGCGCGGGAGCGCGUGCGCGGCCCCCACCACCAAGAUCGAGAACACGCGGCCCUACAUCGUGGCCCGACUGCCCGACAAGUACGACGCGUCCAACAUCGAGGCCACGGCCUACGCGCUGCUCGUGCACGUGGAGCGGAACGGCGUCAUCCAGAGGGAGAUCGUGGAGUGGCUCAACGCGCAGAGGCUCACCACGGGGGGCUGGGCCUCCACGCAGAUGUCUGAUCUUGCGUGGAUGCAAAGAACUCCGGUUCGAGUCGUCAUGUCCCACCCAUCGUUUGAAAUAGCCCUUUUGCGUCUUACGAUGGACAGAAAUCGUCCGGCAGUCGACAUGGAAUGGAACGAUCAACAAAGGGUCAAAUAUUCCUGCAGUGACUUCAAAAAUCCCGACACAGAAGACAUAUUUGACCGCAAUUACAAACCACCUGUUUUCGAAUUUAUCGAUGGUGAAAGGAAUUCAACUACGUCUCUGCCCCUGUUCAUCAUAGACCGACUUCCUGAAGAUUGCAAUCCUAAACCAAGCUUCGAAAGUUCAAGAGACAGAUUAUGCAAAUCUCUACCGAACUUGAAUCGCCUUACAGAAGAAGAAGAACAAAGACCAAGCCUGCCUGAAGGUAAAAGUGUUGCUAAUGUACAACUAAAUGGUCCCAGAGAAGAUUUGUGCACCGAUAGCAGCGAUGAAGAGCCUCCAAGUGAAAGAACUGCAGGUAGAUAA